UCCGGCGGUGGCGGCGGCGGCGGCGUCGGUGAUGGUGGUGGUGGUGGCGGCGGGAGGAGGCACGUAUAAGUCUCGCAGGACGACCGACACGUUGGCAUUAGUCGACACUCUGUUGUGGCGAGCGGACGUGAGCGGGAGAAUUCAAUAGUUCAUUGAACUCCCUCGCCUGGAUUACUCAAUUGGAACUUAUAAUUGGAUAUUAUGGUGUGUUUGUGAUAAGUGCCAACUGUAUACCAUAAUAUUUGAAGUGUGUCAUCCAUCACCCCUGUGAAAACGUUCCCUUGAUAGUGACGGUGGAGGUGGUUGUGGUGUAGCUCGGCCGCUGUGACACAACAUGCCCUCCAAGAAGAGCGGCGGCUAUGAAGUAACAGCCUGGCCUGCCAGUGCCUGUGGAGGGCAGCCUCAGGGACUGGUAUAAUCGAACUGUAUCCCCAGACGCAGGGCUGGGCCGGACGAGACUGACAAUGAUUUCGGAGGAGCGACUCAGCAUGCUGCAGCAGCGCGACGCAGGGAUGCUGUCCAUAUACAGGGGCCUUGUCCACCCUCGUAUGGAGUAUGCAUCUCACGCGUGAGGGCUCCACACACACACAGCUCUCUUGGAUAGAGUAGAGCCAAAGAAGUGAGGCAACCUGCUCCGUGCUCCUCUUUUAUCACUAACGACGACCACGUUGGAAGUGUGAUGGUUGAUUUGAGGCAGCAGCUGUCCCAGGUGUGUACCCAGGUGUUGGAGGCGGCACAGGUGUCGUGCUGAAGAAGCCAGUCGUCAUGAGUGGGCUUGGGCCCCGCCAUGGCAGCACCACAACAACACGCACUGACUAACACCUCGUGCACCUUCCCUGCCUCGCCUGCCGUCUUCUCCUCCUCUGGAAACUAUGGCGGUGGACAGCCUGCAUCGUGCAGUGACUUGCAUGAUCGACUGAGCGGCAUCAGUAACUGCGACAUUCAGAGUGUUGUAUACUCGUCUGCAGCAGUUGUAUCACAGCCUAUCCUUAGCCACACUGCAUCACGCAAGACCAAGCCCUGCUCUCUAUGUGGCACAGCUGCUCAGCGCUCUCAGUCGUGCGUGGUCCCCAACUCACCAAUCAGUCCUCAGGAGCAGCCUGUGGUUCUUCUGCACCGCCUUGAGGACGGGCUACCAGAAGGUGAUGUCGACAGUCUGCGAGCUUUUGGGACCAUUCGACUCCUACCUGUUCACAGACGCUGCGGCAAGACCGAAGUUGAUGCAGAUAACAAUAAACACGAAUGUGAUAGAAAGUAUCAAAGUGUUGAAAGUGAUAGUAUGUCCCCAGGAAGCUUGUUUUACAAAUCAAUUAACAGAGCAAGUGUUAAAAAACGAACAGAAGUUCCUGUACGGAUUCACAGUCUUAGUGAUCGCAGUGGUUCACUAACGAAAGGAGCUAAACGAAAUUACAUUGACAGUGACAAUUACUACCAGCCCUGUGAAAAGACAGAAAAAGAUUUGAAGAAUAUUACUAGUGUUGUGAAACUUCAAGCAGACAAGGGCACAAUCAGUCACAGUGACAACACAAAAGCCGAAAAUGUUGUGUACGAAAACAGUGCAGGGAGCAAACUAAAUCCAGGUCAUGAGGUGAUCGGCGCGCAUGUCAAGGCCGCUCCCCGCCAGUCCCCCGCCAGUCCAGUGUCUCAGUCCUCGCAGUGUUUGUUCGAUGCCCAGCAAUGGCGUCCCUCCUCAUCACUAGCAGAAUCUUUAACCCUUUCUGCCUCAACUAGAUAUACAACCUCGAAUGAUUCACCAUCACCUCAAACAAGCAAAUCAUCCAUAACAGCAAUUCAUUCACACACUAGUACCUCUCAAUCCCCCUGUGACACCCACGACUCUGCCCCAAGCUCCUCCUCCCCCAGCACACCAAUGUCUCUUGUGUGCUCCCCUGUGGUACAGCUGCCGAGUACCACGCUCUCUUCCUCACCAUCACAAAACAUUAGUUCACCGCCAGCCAUAUCACCCCCAGAAUCCCCUCCUUCCCUUACUGCCGCAUUCUUGCCACCCCUUAUGGGCUCUCCCGUAACCAGUGAACGUGAGACUGAGCAUGCGGCCUGUUCAGUUGACGUACAGCCAUCCUCUCCCUACUCUCCAUGCACAACACCUUCCUUACCAGCAUCCCCAGCUUCGUUACCAUCGAGCUCAGAUUCCCCACCCUCACCAGCCCCUUCCUUAGAAUCUCCUCCGGCGUCCCCUGUUACCUCCUCAGAUUACCAAAGAGUCAGUCACAAGCAGGCACAUCACCCUUACGCUGAGAGACCUGAUAAGCAUUCGCCAUCAGACACAUCAGUUUGUGAGGCUGAGUCAGACACAGUUUUACAAUCAAAAGUUAAGGUUGAGCAAAGGAAGGUUAGAGAUCAUAAAGUUGGGUUUCAUUGCCACCGCAGUCAAUUAUCGUCCAUGGAAAAUGCUGCAGUACCUGCAAACAAGAGUUCCACGGAUCAGCGUCUAGUUACUCCGGUACCAACACCCUCUAAGGCAGUCCGAGCACCGUCCUCUAACUCGCACACACCAGAGAAUACUUGUAUCACUUCACAAAACAGAGACAGUAAAACACAGGUAGACUCGUUUUCCGAGACCUCAAGUGUGUGCGCAAGUGGAGAAAAGAAGGAAAAUGAGGCAGAAACUGAACAAGUGAGUCAAGACCUGACAAAGUGUUUUUUGACCAGUGAAAGUGGAAGUGCAGACUUAGAGAAAAGUUCUAGUGAUUAUAAAAACUCGCUGAUGAAACUGGUGUUGAAAGUCAAGCAUCCUGGAAGUCAACAACCACAGUUAGGUUCCGAGAAAAAAGAACACAACAAAGAAAGUGGAAUUCCAAAGAUUGUCUUGACUUUAACGGGAAAGGGACCCAAUAAAGAGUAUUCUUGCUCAAACAGAAUAAGGCAUGAUAAUGAAAACUGUUCCGAAAAUCUCAAUAACAAGAAACACAAAUCUAAAAGAAAUAAACGACAAAAACCCAAAGACAGAGAAAAACCUAAAAAGAUAGUAAAGGGGGACAAGCACAAAAGGCACCUUGAACUUUUCGGUGAGGAUAGUAACGACUCCUGUGAUAUUGACUUUGAUAGCUCAGGUGACCAUCAAGGUGAAUGGAGGCACUCAAGGACUCCGUCGUUGGAGGAGCAAGAAAUACACCAGUUUAGAGAACCUCUCUCUCCGGAAGAAUCUGUUUGCGUCCGCGGUGAAAGGGACUUCCCUCCACCAGUUCCCGAGCGUGAGUCCUCUUCGGGUUAUGUCAGUGGGGAAGAUAACAGAAAAAUCAGAGCAGAAGAGAACACAAAAAACAAAGAUCCUUCAGCUGGUCUUGUAGACGAGCCAUCAUCACUUUCUUUGGCACAGGUAAAAUCCGACAACCUUGGAACCAACGAAACUCUCGAAAACAGUGGUAAAGAUCUGCCCUCAACGGAAGAAAACAAAGAAACACCAGAGGGCCAGGUUCAGCCUAUUGAAAAUAAUAUGAAAGAGUGUAUCAGUGAAGCGGACGAAGCACCUGAGGCCUGUAACAAAGAGCCUUCGUACUCAGAGUCAGAAAACAUAGAGGAAACAUUGACACCAGCAGGUAUGUUGCAUUCUAGUGAUAUAAGCCAGCCAUCAAAAGAGCCCGACGACCUCAUCCUCAGGAGUCGGAAAAGUAGACACGCCAAAAAUACCGAGUCGGGACGGAACUCUGACGCCUGUCUUUGGGUCAGCUUUGGUAUGAAUGCUCCGUUGCCACUGCCCACUAUCGACGCGCCCAGCCUCAAGCGCAUUUUCACAAGCAAAGAAAGAACAAAACAGAAGGGAAGUGUUUCUUCCGAAAGUAAAAGAACUUUCUCAACUGAUGAGCCCUCGAUCAGUGUUACUGGGAAGUCGAUCUCAAAGGCAAAUCACAAGGAUCACAAAGACAGAGAGAAGACUGAGGCAGUCUCUGAGGUCACCAAAGAAUCCAAAGAGAGAAUUGUUGAAGAGAAAGCCAAACCUCCUGCAGAAUAUGAUCAUAAACACAAUUUCUCCUCCAGUAAUUAUAGAACUCAUUCCUCAUCCAGUUUCGGAGAAAGAAGUCAUGUACACUCCAGGGUGCGGAGUAAGGAUGACCCUGUGCAUCAUCGACACCGACAUUCACACAAAAGAUCACGAAAAUCGGAGGAAAGUCGAGAAAGAAUGGCCAAGAAGGAAGUGCCAUCAAGCCAUCAAAACUCUUGGAAGCCCACACACAAAGAUGACUUUGGGAGUCAGAAAGUGAGCAUUAAUAACAGUCACAAGGAAAAGUCAUCAGCUGUUAAUGCACAGAUGCAGACUGCGGAAAAAAAUGUCACUAACACACCGUCUACAUGCCCCACAGUCUCGCCGUUAACAGAUGAUGGCUUACCCGUGCAACAAGUCGCAACUCGCCCUCAUCCUCUGUCUUUUGAAAAUGCAGUAUCAAAUAAUCCAAAUAAAGAAUUUGAUAACAUCGACAAGCCUAAUCACUUCAACGCUGAAGAAUCCCCGGAAAAACAGUAUUACCGUCCUAAGAAAAUACGAAAAAUUUGCCAUCUUAGUACAACCAGUGAUCAGUGGAACGAAAAGAAAUCUCUUGAGCCAACGGAAGACGAAAAAGCUCAUGGAUCUCAAUCAGAAGACAGUACACCUAACUCCUACAAAAACAGUGAUUCUUUUCAGUAUUCUGUUGAAACAGUUGCAGCCCCUUUGGGACCUCAUGUUACAGAGCCAGAAGCCCCCACGGCAGAGAGCGAUGCGUCAAUAAUUCAAACUGGUACAUACUGGAAGCUGCAUGAAGACUCUACCAACACAGAGAAGCUGCCCACAACCCCACAAGAUGCCGAGACUGUUCACGAACACAGGAAACGCAAGUACCGGUCACCCACCCCCCAGGAGCAGGAGCCUGUCUCCAGGACGGAGGAGGAACCCGAGGAACAGACGCAGACCCCCGCCGCUGAAGAGAAGGAAACGGUGGCAGGAAAACAAGAGAACAUAAAAAAAGACUCGAUUCCGGAAAAUGAAGAAAAUGAAAAACAAGAAAUAGAAAAGAGAGAAAAGGAAAGGAGAAAAAAAUCAUCACGGAGAGAAAAAAGAAGAGACUUUUCAAGUGCGGGGAGCAGGUCCUCCGUCCUCCAGGAAGUCCAGCAUAGGAGGGAGGUGGAGCACGAGGAGGAGCGAGGCCGCCGCUUAGCUCAAGAGAUCAAGGGAUUCAACUGGCUUGAGCAAAAGAUUAAGAACGGCUCGUUGCUCUCGUCUGUGUCUUCGCCUGCCACACCCACCGCGAGUCCUGCGACCAAGGAGACUGAGUCAGCGUCCAGAACCUUGUCCGCACCCGCCGCAGCGCCGCCCACCCCGCUGACCAUCGCCAGCAGGGAGGAGGGACUGGCCAAGAAAAAAAUAUUAAGUGGAAGCAGUGGUGGCAUAGGACUCAAAGGACACCUACAAACAGCUGUUCCCCCACUCAUCCCAUCAUCCAGAGUCACAGCUCUUCCCAAGCGAAGCCAAUCCCUUGGCACCUCCACAACCCCGCCAUGUUCAGCCUCCUCAGCCAUCUCUAGUGUCACAACUGUGCCUAGCAUGACAGUUCAAGGUGCACUGUACACCUGCGAACCAACUCCUAAUAGAUCUGAGCAUGGAAGAGUUGGAUCCACAUUGGAAAACAGUAAUAUUGGUUUUGAACAUGAACACUCAGUACAUUAUAAAGCUACUCUGUACAGCAGUACCACCUCUAGUAAAGCAACACUGUAUGGGGUGAAAGAUAAUAAUAUUGAAGCAUUUUAUGAUACUGACGGUGCACAUUCCAGAAACUAUUAUGGUGGUGUAAACACUGAGAGUACUGAUACGCAGUAUAGUAUUACCACCUCCCCAACCAUUUCUUUUUAUGGCUCUGCAAAAUACCAGGAAUCGAAUAUCCAUUCACAAAAAUCAUCAUCAGCUGGCUCCAGUUUUAACUCUUCUGUAAUCUCUUCAUCAAGCAGCUCAAGCACCCUGAAAGAUCACCAACGCGACCCGCUUCAUUCUCCCAAGUCUAAAACCUCAGACUGGCCUGCUAAGCAAGAGUUGAACUUAAAUGACAGCAGCAAGCCAACUGGAUCUUCAGUGGAUUCUCACUGUUCCCAGCAAUUUUCUCACAAGCAAACACUUCUUCGUCGAGCCUUCCAGGAGAUGCUGAAGAGUGAACACAACAGUUCAUCAAAAGAGCAAUCAAUAGAGAGUCAGGACCUUGCAGAAACUGAAAUGAAAAAGGCAGAUGCAUCAAAGUGUAAAGAAACAGAAGUAGGUAUUAACUCUACUCAGUCGUCUUCUGGAAGGGCAUCAACUGCUGAUACCAUAAAUGCAAGUUUUAUAUCAAACUUCCCUGAUAGCACACCACCUUGCCCAGCAAAUAUAUCCUCAGAAAUAACUGAUAGUUCAGCAUUUUUGUAUGCACAAGAAUCCAUAACUCCCUCUGUAAAACUAAGCAAAGACCUGAUUGGGUCAGUUCAUGAUGAAGACAAAAAAUCAUCCCCUGCGACUGACAAGGAAGAAAUUUCAGAAAAUAUCACUUGUAAACUGAAUCUUGAUUCAAACCAAACACAAAAAUCUAAAAAUGAUCCUGAUGUUAAAGGGGAAGAUGAAAAGAAUUGUGAAACUUCAAGGAAAUCUGUCUGUGACACUGAAAAUGUUAAGUUAACUGAAGACCCCAAGGAUUUGCAGACUAACAUAAUUAACUCUAUAGUAAGUGACUCUGGUGUUAUCAAUGUGAAAGUCUUAAAAGAUGAGAUAGUUUCAGAGACUGAUGACAAGAGUAAAGAAGAUCCAGAAGUUCAACCAACCUUGCUUCUCUCUGUUUUGUAUAAAGAGUUGUUGAAAACAAGAAAAGAAGUGGAGAAACUUAGAAAAGUGCAAGAGCUGAUGUUGACAGAAAAAGGAGAAAAAAAGGAAGAUGUAGCAGAACAGAAUACUGACAAUAAAGCAGAGAGUGACAAAACAGAUGAAAAUGCAAAUACAAAUGAGAGAAUCUCAGAAAAGAGAAAGGAAAAGGAUGAAAGUCACGAUACAGAGUUAAACACAGAUGAUGAAUUCCACCAAGAGAGCAAGAGGUCAAGAAUAAGUAUACGUAGUGAUCUUUUACCAAAGGAAGAGUGCAUGGCAUUAGAUGCCACUGCUUCCAAUACUUCACCUCCACAAAAAGACAUUCCACAACCCCAACAAGCUGCUUCACCAACACUUGCUAGUCCAACUGUGAUUCAUUCUGACUCUGAAGUUCCUGUUAUUACUUUAGAAAGUUCUGCCAUGCCUGAGGCUAGUCAUCUAUCAAGAGUAAGUCCUGUUAUCACAGCUGCUAGUCCUGCAUUGUCAAACAGUACUUCAGGACCACCAAGAGUAAGUUCUGCUUCACCUAGAGGUCAUUCAAGAACAAGUCCAGGGAUGUCAAGUCCUGGAGUGUCAAGGGCUAGUCCAGGGGCACCAAGAACUAGUCCUGCACCACCAAGGAGUGGAGUGCCACUGUCAAACAUAAGUCCUGGACUCUCCAUUAGUCCUGGAUUGCCAAGUAGUCCUGGAUUACAAAAGAGUAGUCCAGGGAUACCGAGAAGUAGCCCAGGAGUGCUAAGAAUGAGUCCAGUGCUUGCAAGGACAAGUUCAGGAAUGUUAAGAGCAAGUCCUGGGGUACCAGUAAUUAGUCCUGGGAACUCAGGCCUAGGAUCAAUUAAAAAUGCUGCAGAAGUAAUCAGUGUGAGUCCUGGAGUAUCUCAAAUGAUACCUGCCUCAACUCAAAGCAAUAUAUUCAACCCACCUACAAAUACAUCAUCAACAGACAACCUUCCAAUAACUCACUGUCACUCAGUUACAGCUCUUGUCCAACCCAAAGUGACAAUAGUACAAUCAAUUACCAGUCCUGUUGUUCCUAUUCCUGGAAUUCCUCAAACUCCAGUUACGAGCAGUGCCAAGCCUAUAACCAGCCCUCCGGCAGUAAGAGUAAGCCCUCACAUAUCAAGAAUAGAUACAACAGCAAGUAAAACUGACACAGCUCUGACAAACAUGAGUCCAACUAAGCUACGUUCUGUAUUUGGAAUUUCCAGCUCUGAGGUAGAGUUGAUGCCAAUAUCAGCUGGUGGUGCAAAAUAUUCCCACCAUGAUCCUCAGCCUCAAACAUAUUUAAAGGCAAUUGAAGAUAAUCAUCAUCAAAUCAAUGAAACACCUCUUCUCAUGAAUGCUGUCAGGGGGAUCCACAGAGAAAGCAGCUCCAAAGAGGUAGAGCCACCGACAAGUCGUGGACCAAUGACCUUUCAUAGUCUUCCUUGUCCUGAAGAUCCUAGAAGGACACUAAAGACUCAUCAGUAUGAGAGUGGAGUAAAACGGCAUGCAUUCUCCACCUCUGAUCUUCCAGAUCACCCAGCAUCUGUUUGCAAACAACCUCCUCCACUUAAGCCAGUAUCAGCUUUACUCAGAAGACAUUCAGAUAACUUGGAUAUUCAUUCAUUGAUGCAUCAUCAAGCCAUGUAUCCUUCACAUAAAAAUCUCACAAAUUCUCUACAUCCAUCUACUUCAACAGCAGAGCAUAAAAGUGCAGAUUCAAUGCAUCCAUUUCAUCAGACUUCAUGUGCCCCUCCACAGUACCCCAUGUCAGGCCCAAGCAGAAGAAGGAGCAGUGAUUCUAGCUCUUCAGAAAGAAGCCAGGAAUAUCAGCAGGCAGUCUCUAUGGGAAUGCAACACCCAUACCCACAUUUAGCUCCAGGAGCAUCAGUAAUGAGAAGUCUUGGGCCUGAUAAGGCUUCUAUUUUUCCCAUACCUCCAGCCAUGUCUCAAGUCAUUCGUCCCUUCAAGCCCCCAACUCCACCGACAGUCAUUCGAGCCCAGAGAGAACAUUAUCAAAAUGAAAACUUUUAUCGGUCAAACUUUUCAUUCUUUGAGAGGCUUAGAGAAAAGUUUGCAACUUCUGGUGACAGUGGUGUCAGUACAAUGGAGAGGCUACAGUCAUCAGCAGCCAAUGUUGAAAAACCCAUUCAACCACAAACAUUUGCUCCAAGAGUCCUUGUUCGUGAGUCUUUACCCGAGGCACCAACACAAAUACCAACAACAACUUAUUCAACACUGCAUUUUCCAAAUCCAAACCAACCUAUGCCUAAUGUUAUGCCCAACCACCAAAACCACUUCUCAAGUAAUGUGCAUACUGGCUCAGCUAUUCAUCACAUGGCUCAGGCUAGACUGCAUCCAAAUGCUAAUCAAGCAAUCCCCAACACUCAACGCAAUACAACUGGGAGUGGUGGUGAGAAGUUGUGUUUCCGCUGCUCUCAACCAGCUCGAUUUGUAUGCUCAGGAUGCAAGAAAGCUUGGUACUGCUCUGAACAUUGCCAACGGGAGGACUGGAGCACCCAUGGAGGAGCCUGUGCUCUUUGAGUGUGGGUAUUGGGCUGCCCCAGCCACUGUACAUACAAACUUGAGGUGUAAAUGUUCUGUGUUUACUGUAGCAUAUUGCAAGACAUGCAGAGACUAUGUUGGCAGAAGCAUUUUUUUUAUCCACUUUCUAGUUUGGAGUAUCCAUUAUACAUAAACAAAUAUUUCUGUGAUAUAUACAGGAACUUUCACAUAUGUUUCUAGAAACUAUGCUAACCUUUUCUGAGAAAAAAGUAAUCCGAAGUAAAAUCUCAUGUUGUUUAUAUGGAAUGUUUUGUGUGUACAUAAAAUGUCACUGAAAAUUAAGGAAAUUCUGUGGUUUACUCUGAAGUAAUGUACUCCUACAACAAAUCUGUUUCCAAUUUUAAAAUUCCAGGAUUAACUUCCUUAAUUAAGGCACAUUUUAAAAAUUAUGGUGCAGAUUAUAUCAGUUCUAAUAUAUUUGGGGCACAGAUUAAAUAUUGUUACAUAUUUAUUGCUUCAAAUCCCUUCACCGUGUGUUUACAUAAGCAUUUUUCAACUUUUUUUUUUUUUUUUUUCUCUAGACCAUGGUAGGGAGGCAGACUAUUAGUUCAUCACACACCAGGAUUUAUGUGCGGCUCACCAUUUUUUCAGCAUUUUUAUCCCUCAUCAGCACAUCAAAGGCAAACUUUGAUAAACCUUGAAGUCCAUAUCAAUUAAAAGGUCAGGUAUUUAAUAUAAAUGAGAGCCAUUCAAAAGAGCUUCACAAAGCUCUGAAGACCUCAUGCUACAGAAAUAUUUUAUACUAUCAUAUAUAGCAUAUAGGAAGUACAUUUUAGAACUGGCUGUUUAUCAUGUAUAGUGAGACUUAGUUUUAACAGUUGGAUGUGUCCCAUUACAUUUUAAAUGCCAAAUAAGUAUUGGAGUUUUACUGAUUGAAUUUUUUCUGCCUUUCUCUCACAUGGUGACAUGCUUACAUCAGCAUAUAUCAACUGCAUGUAUUAAUUUUUAAUUGACAAAAUGUAUACUUUCUUUAAUAUCAACAUGAAAGUUAAACAAAAGUUUCAAAUAACACAGAUUUUUUUAAUCAAGCAGGUGCUGUCUGUAAACUUGUUACUUGAGGAUGCAUUUUUUAAAAUUUUAUUUAAAUUAACAUUUUGAUAAAACUAUGAUUAGUGUAAGAUGUAAAUGACUAAGUAAUAUUCAAUAAUUUGUCUCAUGGUAAAGCAAAUACUACUUCCUUUCUUGAUUUACAUAACUUUUGAACAUAUGUAUUCCAAUUUGUGUGCCAUAUCUUCCAAUAUUUGUUUAUUAAGUUAUUUAUUUUCUCAAAGUUGAAAGGAACCACAGCCUAGUGGUGAACCUACACUGAGCUACACAUAUCUUAGUAAAGGAGUGAUAUUUUUAUAACUUUCUUACCGUUCGUGUGACUGUAAAUAAAAUAUUUGUAUAAUUACUGUAGUACAAGAAUUUUUCAUAAUAUAAGUAGGGUGAUUUUAAUCACAUGAGGAUAAGAUGUUUGUGUACUUAGGUUACAACUUCAAGUGUAAAUAGUUUCAUUUAAGGAAAAGUAGGUGGGCAAUUUUUCCCUCUACUUAUGAAUGAAAUUAGUGAAAUCAACAAUUAAAAUUCCAAUGUAAAAAUAAAAAAAAUUAUCAGUGCA